GCCAGAUGACCUCUAGCACACCCUCUCUCUCUCUAUCAAUUCAUACCAGACCCUCUGCUGCACUGAUAGUGACAUUGGCAGACAGAGUUCUGCUGAUUUUCUUGGCUCUGUACCAACCUGUUGCUAAGGGACAUUGUUCUCAUUAAUUACAUUUGAAUGAUGUUUGAUUUAAAACUCGUAAAGUCAUUUUAGUCUUGUGGUUUGAAGAGGAUUCCCCCUACACAUCAGACACACCCACGUGCCUGUCACAGUCUAAUUGUAUCCACAAUGCCACCUGAUAAUGUAGCAGAGAGAGAGAGGAAGGCUGUCAGGUCAACUCUGUUUAUCAGAAUGUCAGAGGAGGAGAGAAGUGAGUGACGAAAGAAGAUAGAGAGCUGAGGCGACAGCUAGCUGAUGGAGGGAGAGAUAGAGGUCUGGAGGCUACGUGUGAGGGAGAAAUUAGAAACAUCAGUGGCUGCAACGACCUAAACGCAGACAGACAGAACAAGACACACAACAGAGUAUGGCAGAAACCCCAGCAGAGCCUCAGAUUGAUUGUGAGCUGCAGCCCCUGUCUAAUACCCUUUCUGAGCCCCAGCCCCAACUCUAUCCUCUCUAUGAGCCCCAGCCCCUAACCCAGCAUGAUACCCUUCCACAGCCUUUGCCCCAGCUCCUACCCCAGCCUCAGCCAGAUACCCUUCCUGAGCCCCAGCUCCUACCUCAGCCUGAUACCCUUCCUGAGCCCCUACCCCAGCCUGAUACCCUUUCCGAGCCCCAGCCCCAGUCUGAAGAGGAGGUGAAGCCCUGGGUGUGGACACGUCACCGCAGACCCCUUCUCUUCCUCCUGGGAUCCUCCUUCUGCGCCUCCAUACUGGGCCUGGCCUACUACUCCCAGCAGCACCUCCCACCAAAGAGCACACCGCCAGCCUCUCCUCCAUGUACCUCCCCGGCUUGUCAGAGGGCAGCCGCCCGUCUGUCUGUCUCAGUCGACCCCUUCUCUCAGCCCUGUGACUACUUCCUGAUUGCCUGUGGGUCUGAAGAGGCGUCUCUGUCCACCAGGGUGAGACAGAGGGGCAAGGGCGUCCCCCUACACCCACAGGGCCACAAGAGCAGGGAAGCAGAGAAAGAGAGACGAAAAGGGAGGAAGGAGAGAGAGACAGACACGGACAGAAGAGAAAAGGCUCCAGCAGACAGAAUGCCAGACAGACAGACUGCACUACUGCUGACAAUGAGGGAGAUUCUGGAAGCUGAGGACCGCUCCAUCCCGGGAAACUCAGCGAAGCAGAAGGCCUGUAUGUUCUACCGUUCCUGUAUGGACACUGGCCCCACAGAGACCGCAGGGCCAGAACCCUUCCUCCGGCUUGUCCACAAGCUGGGUGGCUGGGCUGUAUCAGGCCGGUGGAACCAGACACAUUUCAACUCCACUCUGUCUCUACUGAUGAGAGACUAUGCCACCUUCCCAUUCUUUAGUGUUUAUGUGGGCAAGGAUCCUAACGACACUCAAGGAGACAAGAGAUACAUACAGAUUGAUCAGCCGGAUUUUCAGAUACCUAUUGAAUGGAGCAGCAAGACUCAGAAGUCCAAAGCUAACACGCAGAUCCUGCGUCCGUUCCUGGCCUCGUAUCAGAGGUUGCUGGCCCUGUUGGGCUUUCCCUCCAGCAGCACCGGUCUCCAUGUAGGCCUGUUCAUCUCUCUGUCCUCUGAACUGGCUGUAGCUGCCUCUCCUCUGCAGCAUCGCCUGCAGCAGGGGCUACUGUACCAACGCAUCACCAUCAAAGAGCUACAGACCCUGGCCCCUGCCAUUGAUUGGCUGGGCUGUCUACAGGCCACCUUCCGUCCCCACCCUGUUAGCCAAUCGGAUCACGUCCUCCUGCACAACCUCCCUUACAUCGUCCACAUGUCCCGCAUCAUCGACAAAUGGCUGAACAAGCAUGAAUUGAGUGGCAGUGGCCCUCUUCACACUUUCAUGGUCCUCAGUCUCCUCCACACUGUCAUACCCGCUCUGGACUCCAGGUCCAUAGGAGAGUGUGUGUGGUCCCAGUACCUGGGUGUGACAGAGGGACCAGGGAGAGUGGGGGCGUUCUCGCUGUCACCGGCACAGCAGCAGGAGAUGUGGGUGCAGUACUCUGCCCUGCAGAUUGCACUACAGGCUUACAAUCAGAAUCAACUGCGACUCUGA